AUGUCGGCCGCCGCUCCGCCCAUGGUGGGUGACGACGAGCCCGAGCUGUCCGGCCAUCGCCCGGCCAAGCGCGCUCGACUCGCCCCCGCCUCUGAGGAGGAGAUGCACGUGAACAGCGGCCCCAGUCACCCCGCCCCCGCCGCUGCGGGCACGUGUGCCGCAGCCGCAGCAGCGCACCUUCCCACCUUGGAGAUCACCGACGAGGAGCUCUACUUCAACGAACCGCGCGCGCACGCCACCGACGAGGAGAGCUACUUCAACGAUCUGCCUACCCCCGACAUGCCCUCCACAGCGGACGAGGACGAGAUGAAAGCUCUGCCUCCCGAGCCGGCGGUAGAAGACCACGACAUGGACGUCGCGACGACGACGGAGACGACGCCGAUGGAGGACCACGACAUGAGCCCCGCCCCGCCGGCCCCCGAGGUGAUCGACGAGCCCCCCGUCGCCGAGCCCGACCCCGAGCCCGUCGCGCCGCCCUUCAUCCCCACUUGCCCCAUGGCUAAGAUCACCCGCGAGAACUGCACCCCCCGAUGCGCGACCCACACCAGCCAGCAACUCGUCGAGGCGGAGAUCCACGCGACCGUCGGGCCGCGCCUGACGCGGUUCAACGCCUACCUCGCGGGGCUAGGGGAGAACGUCUACACUGCGCGGGUACGCAAGCGCGUCGACAAUGGCAUCUGGACGCUCGUCCGCCUGUCUCGCGGCUUCGGCAAGAUGCUCGACACGCGCAUGCGCGAUGCGGCAGCGCUCGCCGGGGAGGGCAAGCCCCUCGACGCGUUCCGCGCUGCCGCGGCCCGCGCGCACCGCGCCCACGGGUUCGCGCUCUCGACCGCCAUGUGCCGAUACCUCAAUGGCAUGUCGGACGCGCUUGGCCGUCCUGCGCGCGUAGUCGAGGGCUUUAGGCGCUUCGACGGCCGCGUGGCGGCGCUCAUGGCCCGGUUCAAGAAGGUCACCUACGAUGCUCAUGAGCCGGCGUGGAAGCGCCUCGACCGCGCCGAGGCGACGUUUAAGGCGGCUGUGGCGCGCCGUGCUGCGGGUGGGAAGGCGUGA